AUGCUCGGUUUGGGCGAGAGAGGCGUCCGUCCGCAUCAGGUGGAAGUCAUCCUGGAUGGUCGUAGCGUCAUCUACCACGUCUACAAGCGUCCUUAUGUGGAUUACUUUUUGCGCAAGGUCGCGUCAUGGUAUCACGUAGUCAUUUUUACAGCAUCUGUUCAAGAGUAUGCAGACCCAGUCAUUGAUUGGCUGGAUCAAGGCCGAGGCUUGGUAAGCCAAAGGCUAUUCAGAGAAGCCUGCACUUUUAGAAACGGCAGCUAUCUCAAAGAUCUCAGCAUUGUCGACUCGGAUCUCUCGCGCGUGUGUUUGGUGGACAACAGUCCGGCAAGCUAUCUGAUCAAUCCAGCAAACGGCAUCCCCAUCGAAGGCUGGACCAAUGAUCCUAAUGACGAGUGCCUUCUUGACCUCCUGCCGCUCUUGGACGCCCUCCGGUUUGCUUCUGACGUACGCAAUGUCUUGUCCAUUAGAGGCUUUUGA